AUGACUGGAAUACUAAGCAGCAGCUCGCCCACACAGUUCCACACCAUUUGCUCCACGGGGGAUCAGGCAUACGAUUAUGGCUGUGACCCUGCACCACCUGCGACACUGUCAUUAGUGCCACCACGGAUGGACAGGAGAGAGGACGAAGCAGAGGAGAGGAGGGAGAGAGAGGACAAGGCUGAGGAGAGGAGGGAGCCAGCAGAGAUCCUGACCGAUGGAGACCGAGGUCCUGCCCGGGCCGCACUCGCCAGACCUACAGUGAGAUUUGCGGAUACGUGCGAGAGACAAACAGGCGUCCGCAGCUCUAUUUCAACACCGUCUUUGACCUCCAAAUACAGAAGAGUGACUGCUGAACAUACAGCACCAUCAGGCCUGUUCAAAGACCGCAACAGACAUCCUCUAGUCCACAGCAGGCUGCAGCAAAUGGACCCAUCCACAACCGAGUCCUGUCUAGUAAAUCACAGCAAAGAACAGAGGCAGGUUCGGAGUCGAGUCACAUUUCAGUCUGAUGAAUGUGAAGAGACAUCUGCCUCGGACAGGCAUCGUUUGCAGCCACUCCUCGGGUAUGACUGGAUAGCAGGAGUCCUGGAUGGCGAGGACUCCUUGAUAGAGCGCUCUGACGAGUUCUUCAAUGACCUGCACACGUUUCGAUCGCUCAAUAGAGACCAGUGUGUCCACAGCCCACAAGCGGAAUUUCCUAAGGAGAACCAUUCAGCCGUGCCGCUACUCACUGACAGGAGCGGUCCAGAGGCUAACACGGAUACUCAUCAAUGUACGUUUUCUUACAGGAUUAACAGCAGACUGUUUCCUGUCCCACUUCACUCUCAGGAGUGCUGCCCCGUGUGCAAAGAGCACAAAUCCUCCAAGCCCCACACUACUGCUGAACCGGCUCUCAUCAGGGUCAGCAUCCCUCGCUCCACCCUCCUGCCACCCUACAAGUACAAAGCUCAUCGGCGAUGCAGCUUUGACCCUUCUGAUAGUUUGGGGUUACCAUCGCACUGUGUCUCAGGCUGGUCGAACACGGGCCAGAGCACGCUGCCGCCGCCCAGCAGCCUCGACCUGCGGACCAGUCUGAAUAUAAAGAGCUCCACCGGGUCACAGAACGAGGAACUGGAGGACUUCUGUGCAGCCAAAGUGUCCGGUAAGAUCUCCGACCAGAUCUCAGAUGUGUCCCGGUUGGUUCGUCACAACUUCCAACACUUCUCUUCCAAACGAAAACUAGGAAGCAUGUUUCACCCUUUGCACUGACGAGCAAUCAAAGGUCUAUUUUGAGGUGAUAGUCGUGGUUCCUGAGACAUUUGACGCCACCCACAAUUAUUUCCUUUUCUGUGCUCAUGUUUUCAGUCUCUGUGUUGUAUUUAGUUUGACAAUGUUUUAUUUCAGUAAUAUUUUCUUUAAUUUCUCUGUUAAAUUUUUCUGUUAAAAUUAGAUUUUCUCCAUGAAAGAAACAAACAGUGAUCUCAAAAGAUAAUGCUUUGACAUUUGUGCCUAAUCUUAAAUAGAUUCAUUUGAAAUUUAAUGAGUUAUAGAAUGAAAUGCCGCAUGUGAUUAAUUAACAGGCAGCUUAAUUACAUGGGAAUAAUUGAGUACACGACAGAGCAGCCUAUUUCAUGCUUGCAGAAGUUUGCAUUUUAUUUGUCCUGAUCUGAACAAAUAAUACAAAGUUUGGACAGAUUUAGACUUCACAUGUGACUGUCGGCAGCCUCGUGGACAUAAAGCAAGAGCUCAUAGUGUUAUGCCACAAUGGAGACGGUUUUAGAAUCAACUUUGCUUUGUAAAUUUCACAACAUUGAGGAAGUCAUUUUGAAUCCUCUCUGUUGCCCUUUACAGCUGUGUGCUUUGGCUCCCAGGUUUAUGCAUACUUCUGUUUUUAACUUCCUUUGACUCAUCCUGACUGUGGGACAGAAAACACUGAGGCUGAUGUACAAACUGUACAAUGCAAUUCACAGGAAACCACAACCAUCUACACUUAAUGUCAAACACUUAAGCAAUGCCAGCGUUGACACUUCAGUGUUUCCAGUUUGAGUCUUGCAGGCUAACAUAUUUUAAAAAGUUAGACGGUAUAAAAAAAUGUUCGAGGGCACAAGGAGAUGUAAUUUUAUUGUUAUUUGUUUUGUUGUGAAGUUCAACAGGAAUAUAGUCGUAUCUAUUUGUUUUGAGUUCCUGGUCAGUGUUGUAGCUGCAAUACUUUGAUGUUGUAGCACAAACGGCUUGCUCAGAGCCGUGUGCUGUGUUCUGGCAGGCAGAUCGUCAUCUUAGAACAGAGUCGGCAUCAUGACAUGAGAGCGAAGCUUUCUGUGAGAUGAGGCUUUGUGAUACUACAUUUGAAUUUUUACCACAGACAGUUGUGAAGGAAAAUGUUGCUUCUGAAACUCAUUAUGUCAUCAUCAUCAUAUCUUCAAAUACCCAUGUGGUAUGCAUAUUCUUAUGCUCUGCUCAUUUUCAUUGGUCAGCUAUUAAAAGUUGCAGCUUUUACCGUGAAACUACAACAUCCUAGUGAGAGAUCAAUAAACUAUUAUCCAACACUGAAGACUCAGCAGUGAUCAGAUGAUAAAAUGGGGCUUACGUGGUAAUUAUCAAAGGGAGAUCAUCCAGGUGAUUUACUGCACUGGUAAAUACUCGAGUCUGCAGAUAAUGGCCA